AUGAACGUCCGCUCCCCAACGUAUAUCGUUCCGUUGGACUAUGUUUGUCACAAAAGCAGUCUUGGUGCUUAUGAUGGCGGUGUUGCAGCUGCAGAUAAACUUUUCCUAUCCUUGCCCUCAGUAAUAGAGGGUCAACUAGGGCGUGACCUUUUUGCAAUGUUUGCAUCAGCAGAGCCAGAGCGUUAUGCAGCUCUCCAGGCAGCUGGGUUUCCUGUCCUUGAUAGUCGAGACCCCAACUGCGCCUUGAUACACAACCUGCUCGAGCGCGCAGGUGGGCAUUAUGUCGACGUUGGUGGUACCAAAUUGAUUGAAGAGGGCAAGGUGGGUAUCAAGGCUAAUGCCGAGCCUGUCGCGUAUACGAAGACAGGCCUCCGUUUCUCUGAUGGUAGCUGCGUUGACGCAGAUGCUAUCAUUUGGUGCACUGGGUACGCCGAUGCGAAUGUGCGUGACACUGCCGCAGAGAUUUUGGCAAGCGCAUCUGCUGUUGAUGGGGUAUCCAGUGGCGUAGAUGAUGGGAUUAAACAUCUUCUGGGCCCUCGAGAGAUCGCAUCUCGCUUAGACGCAACAUGGAGCAUUGACUCUGAAGGCGAAAUCCGCGGCAUGUGGAAGCGCCAUCUAGGCCUUGACAAUUUCUGGAUCAUGGGUGGCUACACGCAACAGCACCGAUGGCAUUCACGCACCCUGGCGCUUCAGAUAAAAGCGGCAUUAGAGGGUAUUUUGCCUCCCGCUUAUCGGGAUACCCCAUUUCCACGCGUGGAAUGA